UGAUCAACACAUCGUAAAGCAGAGAUCGAGUGUGAGUGUAAAGUGUUGUUAUUGUGUGAAAAUGUGUAAAGUACAAAUGCUGAGAGCGUUGGUGGAUCAGCGACUAACUGCGGCUGUUGAAGAAAUAUUUGUAGUUUUGGAAAGAACGAUAGCAGAGUACGAGGAGGAACUUUCUCGAACGAAAGAGGAGAACGAGCGACAACGUCAACUACUGGACACUAUUUUCAAGAAGCCUCAAGUUGUGUUACACAGAGCAGAUGUCAGGGAAGAACAUCUUCCCCCCGAGAAGCUGGAGCAGAAGACGCCUCAGCCUCCCCACAUUAAAGAGAGUGAGGAGGAUCACGGCAUCAGUCAGAAGGGAGAACAUCUUGAAGUACUGGCAGAGUUCCCAGUGCUUGGUGUCGCUGUGAAGAGUGAAGAUGAUGAAGACAAAGGUGAAAGUGAGGAGAAGAGAGAGGUGGAGGCUCUGACCUGCAGCUCAACUCGACGCAUGACAACAGAAGCUGAUGGAGACCACUGUGGAGGAUCACAAGCAGACAACCUCUUAGCUCCACUAUCAGAUAGUGAUGACACAAUGUCACACUCUCUUGAUACUGAUUAUGAAGACUCUAAAGCUGAUAUGACAUGUCACACUGACAACACACACUUUAAAUGCUCUCAGUGUGAGAAAACUUUUAAUGACCGCAGUAAUAUGAACAGACACAUGAGACUACACACAGGAGAGAAACCAUUCACGUGUUCAGUGUGUAAUAAAAGAUUCUCUCGGAAGGAACAUUUGACAAGACAUGCAAGAAAACACACUGAACAUCUUUCACCUGAGGAGUUGGAGGAGCCAAAGCCCCCCCACAUUAAAGAGGAAGAGGAGGAGCCACAGCCUCCCCAUGUUAAAGAGGAAGAGGAUAAUCACGGCAUCAAUCAGGAGGGAGAGCAUCUUGAAGGACUGGCAGAGUUCCCAGUGAUUGGUGUCCCUGUAAAGAGUGAAGAUUAUGAAGACAAAGGUGAAAGUGAGGAGAAGAGAGAGGUGGAGCCUCCAAGCAGCAGCUCAACUCAACACAAAACAGAAGCUGAUGGAGACCACUGUGGAGGAUCACAAGCAGACAACCUCUUAGCUCCACUAUCAGAUAGUGACGACACAACGUCACACUCUCCUGACACUGAUGAUGAAGACUCUACAGCUGAUAUGACAUGUCACACUGACAACACACACUUUAAAUGCUCUCACUGUGACAAAUCUUUUAAUUACCGUAGAAAUAUGAAAAGACAUAUGAGACUACACACAGGAGAGAAACCAUUCAUAUGCUCAGUGUGUAAUAAAAGAUUCUCUCAGAAGGCACAUUUGACAGCACACACACCAAUACACACUGGAGAGAAACCUUUUGUCUGUCCAGUGUGUGGUAUAGGUUUUGGACUAAAUUAUCGUUUGAGAACACACAUGAGAAUACACACUGGUGAGAAACCUUUUACCUGUUCAGUGUGUGGCAUAGGUUUUGAACAGGUUGAUCAUUUGAAAACCCAUGUGAGAAAACACACUGGAGAGAAACCUUUUACAUGUUUAGUGUGUGGUAUUUGUUUUGAAUAUAAUCAUGGUUUGAAAACACACAUGAGAAUACACACUGGAGUGAAACCUUUUACAUGUUCAGUGUGUGGUAUAGGUUUUGGACAAAAUGAGCAUUUGGCAAAACACAUGAGAAUACACACUGGUGAGAAACCUUUUGCCUGUUCAGUGUGUGGUAAAGGUUUUGGCCAAAAUCAGAAUUUGAAAGCACACAUGAGAAUACACACUGGUGAGAAACCUUUUGCUUGUUCAGUGUGUGGGAUAGGUUUUGUACAAAAUCAGAAUUUGAAAAGACACAUGAGAACACAUACUGGUGAGAAAGUGUUUAGGUGCAGUGUGUGUGAUGAAAGAUUCUCUUAUAAGUACCAGCUUAACAAUCACAAGUGUGCUGGUGAGAACAGCAGCAGUAAAUGAAACUGCACGACUUGAAAUACAAACUGUCAAGACUUUGAUAACUUUGACUUUCUCUCAAUAUCACCACAUAUAACGUGUGACAUCAUUGAUGUGUGUGUAACUCAAUCUUGUUAAUAUGCUUCUGCCAUUUAACUAUGUGUGCCUCUGGGCCGAAGUCAGCUGAAAAAAUGGGGGGAAAAAAAGCUGUGAUAGAGUGUCAGCUUGUUUUAUUUGAUUAAAAUGAAAACUUGAGGCAAGAGGACAGAAAAGCUGAAAAGCUGUUCUGCUGUUUGCCCUUAGCCUGAUUAGCAUGCCAGUUUGUUUGCGUUUGAUUUGUUAAAUUUUUGAGAAUUAUUUAUUCACGCUAUUCAUUUUAUGUACACUAAUUGUAAUAGCUAUCUAAUGGAAAAUCUGUGAGGUUAGGCAUUUACAGAGGAAUUAAGCAGGGCGAUCGGAUUGGUCCAUAUUACUUUGUGAUUGUUAUGCAAGCUCUUUGCUUCCACAUUUGUCAUAAUUACUUUCAAUGAGUAUGUAUAGGACAACAACAGAUACAGUGUCAAUUAGCUGAUGAUACCCCUUUAGUCCUGUACAAUAAGGACCAAAUAUCCACAGCUAUUGAAUGCCUUCAGGUGUAGAUGUGUCAGGUUUAUUAAUUAAUAUGAUUAAAUGUGAAACGUUUCCACUUAAAGAAAACAUCAUCACCAUUAUCACGUGGCAUUCCGGUUGAAGAAAUUCUAGUGUAUUCUGGUAUCAAAGUGUGGAGUUGAAUUUUUAACCUUUGUUAAGUAAGCUAAAAAUAGAUUUACGAUAUGGGUCACGUUCUGUUGUUUGUAUUCUGGUUUGUGCUGUGUUCCGUGUGGCCUUGUUUCUGUCUUCAUCGGAUCCUGUCUUGCCCUGACCCCUGUGUUUCUUCCA